AUGGCUCCUUCCACAGUUACUGAUCUCCCACAUCAUGAAACCUCACCUACAGUCUCCCUGAAAGGUGGUCGAUUCAGAGAUCACUCUGCAAUGUCGACCAGCUCUACCUCUCCAGACGCUCGGAAGAAAACCGAAUUUCUACUUGAUAGAAACCUACACAAGUCCUUUCCAAUCGUUAAGAGUGCCAAAGGCAACUAUCUUUACCUCACUGAUGGACGGGCCAUCUUCGAUGCCAGUUCUGGUGCUGCAGUGUCCUGCUUAGGUCAUGGCAAUCAUCAAAGAGUCAUUGAUGCCAUCACAGCUCAGCUAAAUACUGGUGCCCCCUACGUCGCGUCAACCUUUUGGGGCUCUGAGGUUGUGGAGAAGCUCUGCAAGGAAUUAAUUGAUGGCACCGAAGGAAAGCUGGCUCGAGUUUAUUUGACUGGCUCAGGCUCGGAGGCAAUGGAAGCGGCUGUCAAACUUGCUCGGCAAUACUUCUACGAGAACGACAGGCAGACUUCACGUGUGAACUUCAUUGCCCGCGAACAUUCUUACCAUGGCAAUACUGUUGGCGCUUUGGGCGUAUCUGGGCAUGUGGCCAGGAGAGCGCCGUACGCACCUUUCUUGAUGGGCAAUGUCCAUCGUGUGUCGUCCUGCAAUGUGUAUCGGCAACGCCAAGAUGGAGAAUCUGAUGCCGAGUUCGUGGCUAGGAAGGCGGCUGAGUUAGAGGCGAAAUUCCAACAGCUAGGUCCGGAGACUGUUAUCGGUUUCAUUGCAGAGCCAGUUGUGGGAGGCUCCUUAGGCUGCGUUCCAUCUGUCCCCGGCUACUUAAAGGCCAUGAGAGACGUCUGCCACAAGCAUGGAGCACUCUUCAUUCUCGAUGAGGUCAUGAGUGGUAUGGGUCGUUGCGGUACUUUGCAUGCUUGGCAGCAUGAGGGUGUUGUUCCUGAUCUUCAAACAAUUGGUAAAGGGAUGGGUGGCGGUUACCAGCCCAUUGCUGCAGUAUUGAUCUCUCACAAGGUUAUCAAUGCACUGUUGAAUGGUGGUGGCCAAUUCAUCCACGGACAGACUUAUCAAGGAAUGCCCGUUCAAGCAGCCGCGGCUUUAGAGGUUCAAAGAAUCAAACGGGAGGACAAACUGACCGAGAAUGUUCGGAUCCAAGGCGCAUACCUUGAGAAACGCCUGAAGGCCCUCUUGGGCACUCAUCCAAACGUUGGUGACAUCCGAGGACGAGGUCUUUUCUGGGGCAUCGAAUUCGUCCAGGAUAAGGUGACCAAAGAGCCAUUUCCCUUGAAGCUGGGCAUUGCCCAAAGGGUUCAUGAAACUGCAAUCUCGGCCCCAUUCAAUAUAUGCAUGUAUCCGGGCACUGGGACUUCUGAUGGAGUCUCAGGAGAUCAUGUCAUUUUGGCGCCACCGUACACCAUCACACAGGCCGAUGCAGAGUACAUCGCCCAGGUCACAUCUGAUGUCAUCCACCACGUCUUUCAGUAG